AUGAUAGCCACUCGGCGCCCACUUAUCGUUCUCGUUCUCGUUCUCCCCACGGCGGGCAUCUUCGUUCCUCUUCAGCGCACGCAGAGCCCAGUACCCCACCAUCUCCUUCUCGGCGACCAUCUGCUCGGCGUGCCGCCCGAGUUGGACUUCGGCGGGAUGGGGAGGCUGAAGAGCAUCGUUAGGUUCGAGAGCGGGUGCGGUGUGGUGGGGUGGGAGUGGGGGGAAUUGAGGGAUUGGGGAAAAUUCGGGAAGGACGACGAUGGCGAUGCCGGUGGGUACGGCCCCAAGGACUCGCGCGAGGAGGGAGGCGGAAGUGACAAAACGUCCGUCGAUUCAUCGCAGCUUGAGAACGGAUGCUAG